UUUUCGUGAUUGUGCCAGCUGGAGAAGCCGCUCCAUAGUGUUCGUUUUUUGUUCUCCAAAAAAUAUCCGAACGUUCUAGGCCGUUUCGGAAACGCUGGGGAUUCGCUGCAGCGUUGCGUAAAAACAAAAAUUCGCAAACCACAGUCCUCAGCUGCAAAAGAUGCCCGCCACCGUGGAGCAUGUCUCGGCGGAUAGCGAUAAGCAUAGUAGCGAUGUAACGGCGGUCCUUUUCCACAACAAUCACGUCUUCAGCGCUGGAGGUGAUGGGGUAGUAAAGGUGUGGAGUAAAGAUCUGCAACUGAUCAAACAGAUAGUACCUCACGAGGCGUACAUCUACUCGAUGGUUGUAGAUUCUACCGGCCGGAUUUAUACUAGUAGCUGCGAUGGAACGAUAAAAUGUCUCACUAAUCCGCUCACCGGUGAUGAGUGUAAGGAAUUGCUAAAGUGCAACGAUGAGAUCGAAUGCUUGUUCGUCGAUCGGAAGGACAAUCUGUACAGUGGCGACGAUAAGGGCAUUAUCACGCAGUGGAUCGAUCAAAGGAUUAAGUACAAGUUCAAUGUGGUCGAGCAGGUACGCUCUAUGGCGGUGCAGAACAACAUCAUCUAUUCAAUUCGCGAAAACGAUCUCACCGUCACGGAGAUCAUCGAGGGAUCGGCGUCCGGUCGGUUUAUGACGAAAGCUUCCAUUCCCGGCAAGUGCCCGGUAAAACUGUGCGGCAGCUGCACGGAAGAUGGUACGUACAACUACGCCGCCAUCCUUACACGCGACGGGCUUGGAAUUACGAUGGUGAAGAAUAGCCGCAAGGAUCAUUACCCAGUACUGUGGACAAAAGUGAAUGCCCAUAGUAUGAUCAUCAACACGAUCGGAGCGUCCGAAGAGUUUCUCUACACGGCUGGCUACGGUGGAACGUUAAAGCAAUGGACCGAGCUGGGUGGCAAGGAACCAACACUGGUCGCUGAACUAACCGUCGGCACACCUGAUGUUUGCAUAAACUCGUUAGCCAUUGGUGCGAAUAAGAAUCAACUCUACGUUGGGUCCAGCGAUGGAGCGGUACGGUUGGUAAAGUUCGGCUAACUAAUCCGUACCCGGUCGCCGCGGAUAGCUCGAAAACAUGCAAAACAGACUAAGAAACAAUGGAGUUAUGUUGUUCGAUUUUCGGUUCGAUGGAGCGAUUACGUGUGCCGUCAUCGGAUGAUGUGGCGAGGUUCUGCGCAAAGUUGUUGAUGGAGAUGGCUUGCCCCGUAGUUUCUUCGCCUGUCGGAUUCCUACCGAAAUAGUUACUAACAGCUGUUACUGCGAUUUUAACAUAGCCUGCUGGGUGGCUCUUUAGUCGAUCGUGAUAGGCAGAAACAACCGUACCAAUUAGUUAUUGUCGCUUGUCGGAAACCAAAGCAAACUAAAAGAAGCAGAAGAAGAUGAAAGGGGAAGCAAGGGAACGCUAGAGGCAUAUUGUGUACCAAAGUGGAAUCGUUUCCUACGUAUCGAUAUUUAAGUGAAAUAAACGCAAACCAUUUUGCCAUUUUCGAAAUA